UUCUUAUUCCAUCUUCCCCGCGCGCGGUGUAUUUCGAGACAACAAUGUGUUCCAAAAGAAUGUUCUGCUAUUUUGCUAUCGGGCUGCUGAUCGUGGGAAUGCUGACGGAAGGGGCUGAAGCGAGACGAAAAAUCCUGAAAGGGCGAAAAACAAUCACACGGCAUUAUUACUGGGGUACCGCGAUACCAGCGUGGUCCAUAGUCCUCAUCGUAGGUAUCAGCAUGUUGCUUGCUGGCGGUGGACUGUACGUGGCGUUACAAAAAUUCGUGAUCGACAACGCCGAUCGUGGCGAAUCUCACGUGUAUCAACCAGCGAUGCAAAACGAACCAUGAACGUGUACACCUUCUCCCUUUUAAUGGAGGACAGUCGUAUAUCGCCUUGUAUCUAAUCUCGAUGAAUUUAAUGUUAAACGCAAAAAUUCGUUAAAUAUCAAAUUAGUUAUUUCCGAUUUAAUCGUUUGUUCGACGACGCGCCACUGUAUUAAAACAAAUUUGAUACGAA